GUCCACCGUCAUCAUCACCAUCACCGGUUAUCAUCCCUCACCCUCAUGCCUUACAAGGGACCUGCAGAGCUGAGAGACUUCAUCAGGUCCCCUCGUCCCCUAAUCAAACAUCUCCAACGCACCAUCAUGUAUCCAUGAUCCUUCCUCCCCUCCAACCCUCACCAGAUAGACCAACCCGGCCCCGUGUCCCCGUUUCACCCUUCCUUAUCACCACCACCACCACCACCCACCCACCUAAAUGGCCCACUGGCGGGAAGAAUACUCCGCCGCACUGGCAUCUCGCGACCGCCGCGAGAAAGCCAACACCGCACUAUACGAUGCCUACACAAAACUCGCCGACCGAACCGCCUCCGCCACCACCACCACCAUUACCAGCCUCCAGAGCUCCUCCGUUACAGCAGCGGGCGCAAGUCCGCGCGCUCCCAGCAAAAAACACCACCCCCAACUAGCCGGGGGCGUACCUGCCCCCAAUCCCCCAUCCGGGACAGCACCAGCACCAGCACCACCCCCUGAAACGCAAACCCUCCUCGCCGACCUGGCCGAGGCGCAACGCUCCCGGGCCGAGCUGCAGGCCCAGCUCGCCCGGGCGACGGCGGAGCUCGAGCGCCUGCGCAAGCGCAGCGCGCAGGACGGGCGGCGGCUCCGCGCGUUCGAGCAGGAGGUCGCGCAGCUGCAGAUGCGGUUGAAGGAUCGGGAGGAGGAGUUGAGGGGGAAGGCGAAGUUGUUGGAGGAUUUCCAAGAUGAGAUGGCGUCGCUGAAUCUCCAGCUCAAUAUGGCCGAGGAGCGAUCCGCCCGGUUCCAGCAGGAAAACCAAGAUUUGGUGGAUCGCUGGAUGGCCAAGGUGGGCCAGGAGGCGGAUGCCAUGAAUGCGAAUUCCAGGUUCUCGUAGAAUGGCUUCGCCCUAGGUAUGAAGAAGAGACACAUUACAGGACGGAGGUUUUUCUUCUUCCACGUCAGAAGAUCUUUUUUUUUUGGCUUCUCUUAUCAUUUCCCCCCAACCCAAGCAUCGAGCUGGGUGGAUUCCUUUAUGAUAUGUGUCAGAGCUUUCUAUGCACAAUGAUACCCAUGAACUAGUUAUUCACAGUAGCAGUU